AGGUUGGAGGCCAUAAGGUGUUGCUCCUCCAACCUGAGUGUGGCAUCAUCACGACAGUAAAGGAGGCCAUGGAUGGACAUAUGGGGUGGAAUUAAAAUGGGUGGCCACUGGGAGAUCUUUUUCUGGCGGACGGAAUAUAGGUGCUUGGCUAAGUGCUCUCCCAAUCUACACAUCGGGUCUCACCGAUAUACAGGAGGUCACACCGGGAGCACCAGACACAGUAUAUGACCCCGACAGACUCACAGGUUUCUGAGCGCCCGCCAGGGAAAGGACGAUGCAGACAGAAUCACUCUUGCACAGUGGCUACUCGCAUCCCCUGCUCCGAGCCUGGCAGACUUGUGCCAGCACCUUCACCGCAAGCAACCUCAUCUACCCCAUCUUCGUAACUGACGAUGCUGACGCCGUGGAGCCUAUCGCGAGUCUCCCAGGGAUCGCCAGGUAUGGUGUCAAUAAGCUGGAAGGGAUGCUGCGACCCCUCGUUGACCAGGGUCUGGCUUGUGUGUUGAUCUUUGGUGUUCCAACUAAACUUGCCAAGGAUGAAAGAGGGUCUGGAGCAGACCAGGAGGAGACCCCAGCCAUCCUGGCUGUUAAAAAGCUGCGCAGCGCAUUCCCAGGUCUGGUGAUUGCAUGUGAUGUCUGCCUCUGUCCGUACACCUUUCACGGGCACUGCGGGAUCCUCCGAGAGGAUGGGACGUUGAACAAUGAAGCCAGCUGCCGUAGGCUGGCGGAGGUGGCACUGGCUUACGCCAAGGCAGGAUGCCACAUUGUAGCUCCCUCGGAUAUGAUGGAUGGCAGAGUUGGAUCCAUAAAGCAGGCACUUGUCUCCAAUGAACUGGGAAACAAGGUUUCAGUGAUGAGCUACAGUGCAAAGUUUGCUUCCUGUUUUUAUGGACCUUUCCGAGAUGCUGCCCAGUCAAAGCCAGCUUUCGGAGAUCGCAAGUGCUACCAGCUGCCUCCGGGUGCCAGGGGACUCGCUAUCCGAGCUGUGGACCGUGAUGUGCGUGAGGGGGCGGACAUGCUGAUGGUCAAGCCCGGUAUGCCUUACCUGGACAUGGUCCGAGAGGUGAAGAACAAAUACCCCUGUCACCCACUAGCAAUUUACCAUGUUUCCGGAGAGUUUGCAAUGCUGUGGCAUGGUGCCCAAGCUGGAGCAUUUAAUCUCAAGACAGCCGUGAUGGAGGCGCUGACCAGCUUCAGGAGGGCAGGUGCUGACAUCAUCAUCACGUACUACGUGCCACAAAUCCUGAGCUGGCUGAAGGACAUUUGAUGCUGCUCCUCCUGAGCACAGAACAUACUGGGUUUUGAAGAAAUAUUAGUCUGCUCUUCCACUCACCCUCAACCUGCUCCAAUCCUCUGUCUGACUGUGAGAGGGACAACUUUUAAACUGGAACGUUUGUGUUCACCAAAGGUAUAUUUUCACAGAUGUUUGGCACCUAUCGGAUCUUUGCAUCAUGUUUUGGGGUGAAUCCGACUGAAAGAAAAUAUAAAAGAGCCAAGAGAAUGAUGUCUGAAAAGCCCACAGACACAAGAAAAUCUGCAGAUGCUAGAAAUCCAAAACAACACACACACACAGUGCUGGAGGAACUCAGCAGGUCUGGCAGCAUCUGUGGAAAUGAGUAAACAGUCGACGUUUCUCAGCAGGUACUGACGAGGGGUCUCAACCUGAAACGUCAACUUUUUACUCAUUUUCAUAGAUGCUGCCUGACCUGCUGAGCUGCUCCAGCAUUUUGUGUGCGUUGCGAUGUCUGAAAGACUGCAGGUGAAAAGGUUCCGGUGACAUCAUCGUCGAGAAUGGCAGCUUAAGUCACUAGCCCCUCCGGAAAAAUGUGUAUUAAGCCCUGUUAACCCAUCAAAUACUAUUUUUUGAAAGUAUUUGAACUGAUAAGAGGGGCAAGAAUGGGGGAAAAGAAUGGAAAUAAAAAAACUGAAAAACUGCAGGUAUCUGAUCUUGCAAACAAUCUGUGAUUAUUUCAAUAUACAGAACCUCAGGGAUUGUAAAAAUGAAUGAGUAUGAAGGUAUUGUCAGUAAAUCAUGUGACUGGCAUGUUAAUGUACUGUGUAAUGGUUGCCCAGGUGCCUUCCUGAACUUGACCCUUCUGUGGGUACAUGCCUUAGGACUACAAUCUGUAUGUGAAACCCUGUGAAUGAAUGAAGUGGAAUCCUCUGUUUUAAUAAAACAAACACUAAAAAUUAUGUUCUGUUUGGAGCUCAAUAGAGAAUUGUUCCUUUAAAUUGUAUGGUGUUUCAUAAACUGGUAUAACAGUCUAUAGAUUAAACACUCAUUCUGGCUA